UAUCAUAUGUAAUUAUAAAAUCUUGUUUGGUCAUUUGAGAGAAACUGCAUUCAGCGCUCUGUGUUUUAGUAUUUAAAGCACUGUUCGUUUAACUGCAGAUCACAAAGUACGCAGAGCGGUCGACAACUAAACACUGGCUAGCAAUUUUUGACAAUAUGAGACCUAAAGCCGAAGACUACAAUGAAGAUGAGCUGCAGCCGCCAAAAUGGUUGGAUAGUGAGUUUUUUACAAAAGUACUGCAGAAUUGCGAGCGAAAUGCAAAUGAUCUGGAGUUGAAAAAUUUCAAAAUCAGUCCCGCCACUGUUAAGGGUGACCACUAUGCCAGCAUAAUGUUUCGUGCAUUUGUGGAGUAUCGGUUAGAGGGUGCAGAGAAAAGCAAAUCGAUGAUUAUCAAAACAAUGCCAGAAGUCGAAGGCUUCAAAAAAAAUAUGUUGAAGAAGUAUGACAUAUUCGAAAUCGAGAUUGGUAUGUAUACACGUGUACUGCCACGCUUUGAAAAACAACUGCGAGAUAUUGGUGAUAACACAACGCUAAAAGCCCCAGUGCUUUACCAUGCAUUGUCGCCACACAAGCUCAUCGUUUUCGAGGAUAUCGUGCCAUUGGGUUACAAUGUAUUGCGUGGACGUUUUGCGAAUGAGGAAGAAGUGAAAGCCGCUUACGCCAAAAUAGCCAAAUGGCAUGCGAUCAGCCACAAAAUAAUAAAAGAGGAGCCACACUACUUCGAUGAAUACCGCACCAGUUUCUUCUCGCGGGAUAUUAGGAAUAAUCCGUUUUUCUUAAACGGAACGAAAAAAUUUAUGGCUUUCAUGCGAAAAACACCAGAAUUAAAGGAAUAUUUGCCGACUUUCGAAAAACUUUAUGAAAAAGUGGAUCUGCUAGACGCGGCAGUUUCUUCCUAUACAGAAUAUUGGGUUUCGCCGCUUGAUGACGCUUAUUAUGUGCUCAAUCAUGGUGAUUACCAUAUGAAGAAUAUGAUGUUCAAGCAUAAUCCAGAUACCGGAAGAUUUGAGGACGUUAUGCUCUUGGACUAUCAAUUUUCUCAUGUUGGUCCAAUAACGAGUGAUUUGAUAUACUCCAAAUUUAUGUUAUUGGAUGGUAAGUUGCGUCCGCGAACAGCUGAAUUGCUGCAUUACUAUUUCACGAUUUUCAAGGAAACUCUUGAGAAAAUAGGAUAUGAUGGCCCCUCACCGACUUUGGUCAAAUUUCGGCAGAACUUGUUCCGUCACAGAUUUACAGAACUGCUGAUGAUGACCACCUUCCUUCCGAUGUGGCCCAAAUUUUGUCGAGGAGAGCUUUCACAAGAAAUGAUGCUAAGCGACAACGAGUGCGCUCUUAAAAUGUAUGACAAAGAAUAUCUCGACGAGUUGCUGCAGAUUAUUCCGAACUAUUUGCAUUUGGGUUAUCUCGAUAUUUAAUACAAAUUUUAAAUUGUAAGCUUCUUAAAGGUGAUAAAUAUGUCCAUGAUUUAAGUGUAAAUCAGUGUUAGCUUUAUUAAGGCAUGCAUUGUAAGCAAUAAAGUUCGUGAGGCAAAAAAUAUUAAAAAAAAAAAACUUGACAUAAACCAAUUAAGUACCAAAUUUUGUAAUAUAUAGUAUUAUAUAUUACCGAUUAAUAAUAUUUGAAAGCGGCACAUUUGCGUUUGGACAUAACUGAUGUAAAGAGUAGCCCAGAAUGAAAGCUUUUGAAAUUCAAGCGAUUAGAAAAACAAGCUGUGAUACCAUUAUGGUUCGAACCCUAGUUAGUUUGACACGAAGUUUGUAACGCCUAGAAGGAGACGUAACAAAGUCCGAGACGUAACAAAGUAUACUUAUGUAUUAAUAAAUGAUCAGCGUGACGAGCUCAGUCGACGAACUAGUCGUUCAGUUUUUGCGAUAUCGAUCUGAAGUUUUGGGUAAUUCUGCUUUUUUGCAAGAAGCUACCCUUUUGUCGGAACUCGACAUCGGUGCUCUCUAUAGCAUAUAGCUGCUAUUUAAACGGACCCAUCAAAAACUAAUUCUUGUAUAGAAAACUUUUUUAAUUGACGUCAAAACGUCAUCACGCAGUUCGAUACAAAUUAUUGCCCGCUGCAAUCUGCCUCAUAUGUAUUAUAGUUAUGGUACAGCUGAAGUUAACGUUUUAUUCUUAUUUUAUAAACAAUUCAACCAUCACUUGAA